AUUCAUCUUCUCCCAUGAGCAACGUCAAGCAAGAAAUUAAACAGGAAGACAAUGGAGACAAGGUCGAUGAGCCCGAACUCAUGUCGGACCCUGAAGAUUAUCUUGAAAAGGGCGAGUCCUUGGACAUGGAUCUCACCAACGGCAACCAGAAAAUCUGGUUGGUCAAGUUACCCAAAUACCUUGCCACAAAGUGGCAGAACCCCAACUUGAUGGGCAAACAGCUCGGGAGAGUCAAGAUCAGAAACACCACCGCCAACGGCCACAAGAAGCUUGAGGUCAAGUUGGUGGUGGAUGAUUCCACUGCCAACGACGAGAUUCCCCAGGAAUAUGAUAUCUCCAUUCUCAACACCCAGGUGAGAAACUCGUAUGUGUUUUCGGAAGAGAACCUUCAGCGAUUCAAAGCCGAAAACACCGAGUUGAGUAGCGACCGGCCCAUUGAGAAGACCCCAGAGGUUGAGGAAGACUACCGUCAAAGACGGUACAACCGUUUCGGAAAUGGUCAGAACCAAAAUCAAAACCCAGAUGCGGUUCCGUUUGUGAAAACCAUCCCCAAAAAGACCGCCUUAUGCGGCAAAAUCUGCCACGAUUGCCAGAUAAGACCUUCCAUCACCGACAAACGGGCCAAGGACUAUGCGGCCAGAAAACACACGAUCCAAAAGGAAAAAGUCCGGCCUAAGGUGGUUUUAUUGGACGAGAUUCCGGGCGUGCUGCAGUCCAACGCCGGGCCCUCGUUUAAGGGCAGAGGCACCAAUGUGUUUCUCAAGCCCAAUACCAACAAGAACAAAAAUGAGGGCAGGGCCAUCAGAAUGCCCCAGAAGGACUUGUUGGACUUAUUGUUCAGAUUAUUCGAAGAAUAUGAAUACUGGUCCAUCAAGGGCUUGAGAGAGAGAACCAAGCAGCCCGAGUCGUACUUGAAAGAGUCAUUGGACUCCAUAGCCAACCUCAUCAAAAAGGGGCCUUAUACCUCGAAGUACAAUUUAAAACCUGAGUAUAAGAAGUUGAGAGAUGCCGAACGGGCAGCCAAGGCCGGGUUGGAUAUCAACCAUAAUGACAAUAACGACCAAGAAGAAGAGGAAGAGGAUGACGACAUGGAAGAUGUUCUUUAGGUGUUGUUCAACAUCUCCUCAAUCUAAGAU